AUGUCUUCAUCUGAGAACGCCAGCGCCAUUCAGCCUUGGUCCCUAAGCGGCAAGACGGCCCUCAUCACCGGGGCCUCAAGGGGCAUCGGGAAGGCUGUUGCAAUCUACCUAGCUCGUAAAGGGCUUGCCAACAUCGCCAUCACUUACGCAUCAAACAAGGCUGCAGCUGAGGAUACUCUUGAUCAAUGCCGUGCUCACGGUAUCAAGAAAGCAGUUGCCCUUCAAGCUGACGCCCCUGAUCCAACGGCGUGGCCGAAAGUUGUUAAAGACUCGAUCGACGCCCUGGGCGUCUCCGAAAUUGACAUCCUAGUCAACAACGCCAUCUGGGGAUCUUUCCAAGACUUCAAGCCGGCGGGAGAAACCACCGCAGAAGACUUCACAAAGGCGAUGAUCGCCAACGUGUACUCCCCGGUUGCAACCAUCGUUGAGUUCAUGAAGCACGCGCCUAAGACAGGCGGUCGCGUCAUCAACAUCUCCAGCGUCGCUGGAAGGGAAGCGAACAACGACCCGAUCAUCACGUAUGGCGCCUGUAAAGCGACCCUCGAUAGCUACACGAGGUCCUUUGCGGGUAGCUUCGCCAUCGGCACCGGCAUUACGUUCAACACAGUCGUAGUGGGACCAACCGCUACGGAUGCGCUGGUUAAUACGAUGAGCGCGCUCCCUGCUGAGUUUGAGGAAAAGCUUAAAGCGAGUGCUUCGGCGGCGUACCGCAUGGGAGUUCCAGACGAUGUUGCAUACAUCGUCGGUUUUCUUGCUAGUGACGAGAGCAAGUGGGUUAAUGGAGCGGCGGUCAGUGCUAAUGGUGGCUAUAGGUCGCUUCUUGCGGCCCUUGGCUAG